AUGAAUCUGUCAGAUCAGUUUACAGACUUGAGUAUUCAGUUUUUAUCGUUUUCAGUGAGUUUAGCGACAGGUGCAGACGCUAUGAUCGAAAGGAUUAUGUCGAAUGAGGAUGUCUUCUAUCGUUUGCAGCAGCGUGGUGCUCCAGAUUUAACCGAUGAUGAAAAGAGAACAAUAUUGAGCGAUUUAUUCAAAACACAGCCAUGCGUAUUCAUCAGUCGAUACUGUCACUAUAUGAUACCGUCGGAUUGCGAUUGUUUCAAUCUGAAUGAUUACGAGAUUGCGUUCUAUUCGAAGCUAAUAAAUGACAAGUGCGAAACUGAAAUUCAACAAUCUUCGAAAAAGGUUCGCACAGAAUUUGACGUGUCAUAUAAUUUUUGCGUACUCUUAUGGAUCACAGAGACGUUUCAUUGUAAGGAUACGGUUGUUCGAAAUCGAAGGUAUGCAGAAAUGGAACGACUGAAACGAGAGAGUGACUAUUUUUCGAAUGCGAAAAUGCGAGAGCGAGAACCGUUGUUAUUCGAUAAAAUGGUCGGGCAGUAUCUUCCUGAAGAAGAGCAAAUUUACCUGAGGCCCUCAGUUGAAAAUGAUUCACUUUCGGGUGUUUUUAUGCAAUUCGAAGACUCGCAAAUUAUCUCGGAUCGACGGAAAGCGCAAUUGCAACGAUGGAACGAGGUUUUUGAGGUAGUUUCNAUACUGCGAUCAUAUGAAGACGUUGGAGAAAAGAGCCGAAGGACUGACGGUGCUUGUGGCCAUUUGGCAAUGCACGCAGCCAUUCGUGAAUGCAACCUGGAGGAAUGUUCCGAUGACGAGAAGUGCUCCGAGCAUGAGAUGAGUGACGAUGAACUGCUGGAAGGGGAGAUGCAUAAAUUGCGAGUUGAGAAAAAACAAUCGGAAAAUGAAAUCAAAAAAGGUGAAACAGUCGAAGAAAACCAAUUGCAUGUCGAGCAGAACAUGGAAGAGUGUUCGAUGUCAUCCGAGGAUGAAAACGGUAGGGAUGUAGAGCAGAUGAGAAUGGAUUUCGUGGAUCAUAUGGAGCAGCGAUUUCUGAGAGGAGAUGAUAAAGAGUUUUUCGACUAUAAACUGAUCGAUGAAGAGCCGUAUUCGAAGGAAAUGCAAAAGAUGCACGAUCGGGACGUGGAAGAUGCGUAUUUCGAUGAUGAUUGA